AUGACAAUCAAACCUUCCGUGCGGAUCUCCUCCGACGGUAGGCUAGUCGUCAGAGGGCGCACAGUGCUCUCCGGCGUGCCGGAGAAUGUGACGGUCACCGCCGCUUCCGAUACCGGCGCCGCCGACGGCGUCUUCCUCGGCUCUCAUUUCUCCAAGCCUGCUUGUCGACACGUCGUCUCCCUCGGCACCCUUCGGUAAGCAACAAUCUCAUGGCAGAUCCAUUUAUUCUUGCGUCUCCUGGUUCUCGAUCAGUUUAGAGAAGAUCCUUUUGCCUCUUCUUCUUCCUCUGGUCAGAUUGAUCCCUAAAUCUGCCUUCAGUGUCGAGCUUUACUCUUCCUGAUGGAGGAAUCGGAAUCCCCCAAAUUACUCUGUCUGGCUUAACUAUGAAUGCUUCUUCUUCUUCUUCUUCCUCCCCUGUUUAAAGAAGGAAUCCUAAUUUUUUUUGUUCUCUGAUCGCAGAGAUGUCCGAUUCAUGGCGUGCUUUCGGUUCAAGCUAUGGUGGAUGUCGCAGAAGAUGGGCGAUCGGGGCAGAGACAUCCCGCUCGAGACACAGUUCCUCCUCCUGGAGAUCAAGGACGACGAAAACUCCGGCGAGCCCUUCUACUCCGUCUUCCUCCCCCUCGUCGACGGCCCUUUCCGCUCCAGUCUCCAGGGCGGUGGCAGCGACGAGCUCGAGCUCUGCAUCGAGAGCGGCGACACCGGCACAGCCGGGGCCUCCUUCUCCCACUCCGUCUUCCUCAGCGCCGGCCAGCGGGAUCCCUUCGCCGCCGUCUCCGACGCCGUCUCCGCCGCCAGCUCCCACCUGCAGACCUUCCGGCAGCGGCUGGAGAAGAAGCUUCCCCCCAUCGUGGACCUCUUCGGAUGGUGCACCUGGGACGCCUUCUACCAGGAGGUCACCCAGGAGGGCGUCGAGGCCGGGUUGCAGAGCCUCGCCGCCGGCGGCGCUCCGGCGAGGUUCGUCAUCAUCGACGAUGGCUGGCAGUCCGUCGGCCUGGACCAGUCCGCUGACGGAGCAGCGGCGGCGGCGGCGGCGCCGUCCCUGAUGCGCCUCACCGCCAUCAGGGAGAACUCCAAGUUCCAGACCAGGGAGAGCCCCGCAGAGGGGAUCAAGUCCAUCGUCGACGUCGCUAAGAAGAGGUACGCCGUGAGCUUCGUCUACCUCUGGCACGCCAUCACCGGCUACUGGGGCGGCGUCCGGCCGGCGGCGGAGGGCCUGGAGCAGUACUCACCGGCGAUGAAGUUCCCGGAGAUCUCCCCCGGAGUAGAGGGCAACGAGCCGGGGAUGAAGACGGACCCGCUGACAGUGCAGGGUUUGGGGCUGGUGGAUCCCAAGAAGGUCUACCAGUUCUACGACGAGCUCCACAGCUACCUCGCCGCCGCCGGCGUCGACGGCGUCAAAGUCGAUGUUCAGUCUAUCCUGGAAACCCUAGGAGGCGGGCUGGGAGGGCGAGUGGAGCUCACGAGGAUGUACCACCAGGCGCUUGACGCCUCGGUGAGGAAGAACUUCCCAGACAACGGCAUCAUCGCCUGCAUGAGCCACAGCUCCGACGCGCUCUACCAGUACGCUCUCACUCCUUGCUUGAUUCUUUUCUUCCAGCUCCGCCUCAGUUGCAGUCUUCUUCUGCUUCUACCUCAAUCUUCUUCAUCUUCAUGCUCUUCUUCUUCCUCUCACCUUCUUGUUGUUCUUCUUCUGAUGGGAUUUGGGCAGCUCGAAGCAGACGGCGGUGGUGAGGGCGUCGGACGACUUCUACCCGAGGGACCCGGUGUCGCACACGAUCCACAUCGCCUCGGUGGCCUACAACAGCGUCUUCCUUGGGGAGUUCAUGCUCCCCGACUGGGACAUGUUCCAUUCUCUCCACCCUGCCGCCGAGUACCACGCCUCCGCCAGGGCCAUCAGCGGCGGCCCUGUCUACGUCAGGCAACCUCCUCCUCCCCCUCCCUCCCUCCCUCCAUCUUCUUCGUCAGUCUUCUUCUACCUCCUUCUUCUCCACCCUAACUUUCACGUUCGAGGAGUUGACGGAUCUUCUCUCUGCGCGCAGUGACGCUCCCGGGAAGCACAACUUCGACCUCCUGUCGAUGCUGGUCCUCCCAGACGGCUCCAUCCUCCGAGCCCUUCUCCCCGGGCGCCCCACCAGAGAUUGCCUCUUCUCCGACCCGGCCCGCGACGGCGUCAGGUACCCUCCCCUUCUUCCUCCUCCUCCGCCGCCGGCAUAGCUCCGUCUUCUUCUUUCUGUCGAUGACGACCUCCCUCUUCCUCCUCUCCCCCGUCGGUGCAGCCUGCUGAAGAUAUGGAACAUGAACAAGUUCACCGGCGUGCUCGGCGUCUACAAUUGCCAGGGCGCCGCCUGGUGCAGCUCCGAGAAGAAGAACGUCUUCCACCACACGGCGGCGGAGGCCCUCACCGCCGCCGUGAGGGGCGACGACGUCCACCUCAUCGCAGACGCCGCCGCCGCCGCCGACGACGACGGAAAAUGGAACGGCGACUGCGCCCUCUACCGCCACGGCGGCGGUGCCUCCGGCCUUGUCGUCCUCCCCCGCGGCGCCGCCCUCCCGAUCUCCCUCAAGAUCCUGCAACACGAGAUCUUCGUCGUCUCCCCCAUUAAACUCCUCUCCCCGGAGCUCCAGUUUGCGCCGCUGGGCCUCGUCGACAUGUUCAACGCCGGCGGAGCUGUGCAGGGCCUCUCCUACCGCGGCGGCUCCUCCACCCCCACGGCGGCGGCGGCUCCGACGGUCUACAUGGAAAUCAAGGGCUGUGGAAGGCUGGGAGCCUACUCCGCCACUAGGCCGCGACGGUGCUCUGUGGGCUCCUCCGCCGCCGUCGAGUUCUCCUACGACUCCUCCUCCGGCCUGCUGCUCAUCAAUCUCCCCGCCAUGCCAGGCGGCCCUAAGAACCUCCACUCCGUCGUCGUAGAGCUGUAA